UCGGAUGUUUGUUGCCAAAAGGUCGGAAGUCUAAUUGUUAUUUACCGUUCCGUGCGUCGAUCUGAAAUUAUCAUUUGGCCGAAUUACUGGCAUCGAUCUUUAAGAAGGAAAAUUUUACCUUGUAUUAGGUUGAGGCAUAACUUUGUACGAUUUGUUCAUAUGUUUUUUUAUAAAAAAUAAAGUUAUGACUCAAUUAGGUGCAUAACUCAACUUAUACAAUGAGAAAAAUUGGAGGAAACCGUGUCGUAGAUAACGAUAUAUCGUCGCGUGGCAUCCCGCCGUGCCGUUGCUAAACGUUCCGCAAGAUUACUGGAGCAUUGCGACUAUUACAAAAUCGGCACCUGGAAUGCCGUUGAAGUUUGAACGGUUGGGCAGUUUCAAAGACACUUUUAACGUAUCGUUAUUACGGUCCAAUUUUUUCAUUCGAGUUGUAAACGGUCUACAAAGACUCGCGGACCGUUGACACUUGCAGCGGCACCGACCAGUCGCGAAAGCGAAAUUCGUGCAUACGUUAUCGUUCGCGGAGAAAAAUAAGAACCUUAAAGUUACAGAAACCUAUCCGGUGGAAAUCGUUGUUUACGAUACGGUUAAAAGCUGUCCCAUUAAUCGUAACCCCUUUAUCGUAACGCUAACUGACAUACUCUGCUGUCCUUGUUUCAACGGGUAAAAUCUGUACAUUUUGCAGAUUUUAUUUUUUCCGUGUUUGCGUCUCAAGGUUGACGGAACGACCGCUGGAGACAGGAUUUUCUUUCCGAAUUUUUCAGAAUCCGUUCUUCUCCCUUGGGAUCGUGGCAAAUAUGAUUUUCUCUAUUUAUUGCAAAUUCGAUCCCGUUGAUUCCGAUGCAAUUCCGAAAGACGAAGUUAUCCGAGGAGCGUCUAAAGUCCGAAGUCGUUACUCCGGGUGUUGAUCGUAUCUAUCUUGAUUCGUUUCGCCUAUAAAGAACAAUUGUCACCAUUAGAAUCGACCAAUCGAGUUUGGAGUAGGACCCGCAAACAAAGGAUACGGAUGCAGGCUGGAUUAAGUUCGCAUCGAUCCUUUGGAAGCUAUUACCUAUAUUCGUCUGGGUAUUUCCGUAUCAUAUUUUUAGAUAGCUCGUAUUUUGUAUCUUUGUUAUGUGCAAUGUUUAUUUGGAAAAACUAGGCGUACUCGUCAAGAGACUCGGUUAAAGUUCCAGAAACGUUUAAGAACGAAAUUCUGUUUAUGUCCGUCACGGACUUUGAACGACAUUUUUAUUCUCAUGAUAUGAUAGAUUAUUGCAAAAUCGCGUCUAUUGCAGUUAACGCAGAGGUCAAAAAUGCAAGUAACGUUGAACGUUGUUUUUCGUUCUUGGUUCUGAUUCGGUCUUCCUUGCGAGAAUUUUCAUUUUGUUGAGUUUCAGUGGUUCAUUCCGACGAAUUUGAAUGACCUCCCUCUUUUCCCGUCUCGAGCAUUUUCCUACCGAAUGUGUUAGUUGACCUCGCAUUGCCCAGAGAGUGCUCAGAAAUUUCCAGGAAUCCUCGUUGCACGCUUCCAAGAAGCUGAUCGAGUGAUCUACAGCCAUCGGCUUGGAUCUUCUACGAGAGGCCGUGAAUGCGAUCUGCGCCAUAUUCUUACUUCAUGCUUCCUCAUUGGCGAACGUUACGCAAUUAAGUUGCAAACCGUUCGAAAUUGAACGAUUAAUUGGGUAUCGCCUAGACCUUGAAAUUCACUCCAUCGGAUUAUCCGAAAAUCGGAUCCGGGUGAAGAGCAUACCGAGGCGAAAAAUUAGGCCAACUUAUCGAGAUCGAAUUUGUUCUAUGAGGUCCGUACCGCAAGUAAUGCAAGGUCCAUUCGAAUCGUGGAGAUUGCCCAUUGUCAAAUUAACCUGGCUCGGGGAAUCGAAAGAUAAGAAUGGGUGGAAUCAACCGCGAUGACGGUGAUUGGUCCAUAAUUGUGGGGUAGUGGGGGCACGCGAUGCGCGUAAAUGGAAACGCAUCCGCGACCAAGACGCGGAAGACCGACAGGGCGGCGAAGCGUAAAGAAGUAGAAGAGAGAAGUUAUCGGUAUGGUGGCCAGUGAAAGCGAGGGCGAGAGUUAGUCGUAAAACGAAAACGAAACGGACCGAGCGAAAGGAUCUACCGUCUCACUUGGGAAUGAGCCCCGGUCAAGGUGCAGGUCUUGGGACGACGUAGGGUCGGCCAAGAUGGAGACGGUCGGGCAGCAGCAUCCUCCCCUGGAGGCGAGCAGGUCCACGCAGUCCUCCACGCAGUCGGCCAGGAGCGAGGACUCCUGGUGCUCCGCCUCCGAUCAUGACCUCUCUUCGGACGACGAGAGCGAAAAGAGCAAUAUCAGUAUUAAGAGUAACUGUCAGUUGAGAAAUACUCUACACAAGGCCAGGACCCUCUGCGACAAGUGGAGGUCGCAAAACGUGAGGCUGAACAACUCGGAAUCCCUCGAUUCGCCCGUUAAUCAAGGCAGGCUGUCUCGGUGGUUCAGCAUUCGCAGAAGUUCCACUCAUCAGUACGACGUGGACUCUACCGACACGGUCUCGCUCACGGGACCAGUCAAACCCCCGCAAAUGCCUCAACUUUGUGAGGUCGAAGAAGAGAAUGGAGCGAUAGUACAAUUUCAAUGUAUACAGCAGCAAAGGCAAGCUCCACCGUCUCUUCCCCCCGCACCUUCCAAUUUGAGUCCUCAGCAGGUGAAACGACGUCACAUAGUUGCUGCGAUUGUACACUCGGAAAAUAGUUACGUAGCUACCUUGCAGAGGCUUGUUAAUGAUUACAAGAAGCCUUUGGAGGAAUCCUCGCCGCCCAUCCUAAGCCAGUCGAAGAUAGCUACGCUGUUUCACAGGCUGCCAGAAAUUCUGCAGUGUCACACCUUGUUUAGAAUCGCGUUAGCCGAAUGUGUGCGCUCGUGGGAUAAAGACGAAAAACUCGGAGACGUCUUCGUCGCGAGUUUUAGCAAGGCCAUCGUCCUGGAUAUUUACAGCGGGUUCAUUAACAACUUCUCUGUAGCGAUGGAGUUGGCUAAGCAAGAAUCAAAACGAAAGACUGCACUUGCCGAUUUCUUCAAGGUGAAACAAAUAAGUGCCCAUGACAGAUUGUCCUUCUUUGGACUGAUGGUCAAGCCUGUCCAGAGGUUUCCUCAAUUUAUAUUAUUUCUACAAGAUUUAUUAAAACACACACCGCAUGGACAUCACGAUCGGAUGUCGCUGCAGUUGGCGUUGACGCAACUCGAAAGCCUAGCGGAGAUGUUGAACGAGAGGAAACGCGAAGCGGAGCAAUUCCAGGCGUUCAAGGAAAUGCUGCGACACGUUUCCGGAAAGCUGUCGCAUCGACCGCUUUCUUCGUCGUCGCGAUAUCUUAUAAGGGAAGACAACGUCACACAGUUGGAGUUCAAUCAAAAUGGGAUGAUUACAAAGUCGAAGAGAAGAAGACUGUUAUUGCUGAACGACCUGGUAGUCUGCGUCUCCGUGGCGCCUAGGUCAGCAGAAGACUUUUCCGGAAGCGAGAGGCUAACUUUGAAGUGGACGUAUCCGGUCUCAGAUAUAGAGAUUCAGGACACUAGCACUUCACCGACUCUUAGUCGCUUGCUGACGGCUGGCCUUAAUAAAGGAGGAAGCUUGAAGUCCGAUAGAAGCGGGGAAGGCGGGCAGGCCGGUGCCGAUAGCCUUUGCGUUGAAAUGAAUGAUCUCAUGCACGAUUACGAGGUCAUGUCCAGGAUAAAUGACCUAGUCGCACAGCUCAAAGGAACCUACGAUGGAUUGACUCCUGACAGCAUGAAACAGAUCCUACAGUCCAUCCAGUCAUCCAUCCAGCAGAAGGACGAAGACAUGGUCUGGGCUGACAGUUGUUGCUUGCAGCUGAUGACCAAACAAGGGCAAAUGUACACCUUUCAAACGGAAAAUCCACUUGUGAAAAAGGAUUGGAUAACCGAGCUGAGACUCGCGCAGUUAGCCCUUGAUCCAAAUAAUUCACCGUCCUGGGAAGUGCCGGAGCAGGAACAAAGACCUUCUACCAAGAUGCCUCUUUUUGUUAGUUCCCAACCUGUCUAUCGCUCGCAACAUCAAUCAGAAGUCCGUUGCGGAUGCUACUAUACGUCUCAAAAUCCAAGGCCAACGAGGCGGCGAGGAAGAAAUCAGAGCUAUCUUUGGAUUUGCACCGGCGACGGGGUAUCCAGUCAUGUAACAGUUUUUGGUCAGUCCACUACGGCAACGUCGACAUCUCUGAAGCAAAUCACGACCUUCGACCUUGUAGAAACGAGAGUGGCUGCGAUCGAGUUUGUCAAGGGCAUGUCCAACGAUCCACUGACAUUAGCCAGCGACCUGGUUUGGAUGGGCACGGACUCUAGGAAGAUCAUGAUCUACGUUGCAUCCGAACCGGAAAAGCAGGAAGAACUGGGCAACUGUCUGGUUUCGGGCCCAGUGAUCCAGAUAAAGUACCAUUGCGAUAACGUAUUCGUAGCGCUAGGAACGGGUUCCUUAUUAAUGUUCCGAAGGCAGUUCGAUGGUACUUGGCUAUUGAGAGACCCUACGGUUAUUUCAUUAGGCAGUGAUCCGGUUUCUUGCCUGAUGCCCAUCAAUACUUCCGUUUACGCUGCAUGUGGAAGAAAAGUAUGGGUCCUUAACGCCAUUUCCGGGGAAAUUACCAAGAACUUUAGUGCUCAACACGAACACGUAGGAAACGUGAAACUCAUGGCUCAUUCCGGAGUUGGAUUGUGGGUAUCGCUGAAGAAUUCCAGCACGGUGUGCCUCUAUCACACCGAAACGUUUAAGCAUUUGCAAGAUAUAAAUAUUGCCUCGAACGUAUUGAGGGUGACCAAGUCUAACGCAUCUACGAAUUCGUGUGGAGAUAAUCUGAAUAACAAUCAGACCCCCGUUACGGUGACCGCAUUGAUGGCUUGCAAGGGUCUCUUGUGGGUAGGUACCAACGUAGGCAUCAGUCUCACGAUACCGCUUCCCAGGCUGGAAGGAGUUCCGAUUAUUAGCGGGAGAGUCAAUAUAUCCUACCAUGCUCACUUUGGCCCGAUUACGUUCUUGCUGGCUAUACAGAGCAACAGGAACGGCAUGAUCGGUUCAAUGAAGAAGGAGUCCAACGAAGAGGAAGGCGUACAACUUAGGAAUAAAGACGCGGAGCACCCGCCGAAGCAGAGAGACCGGUCGAGUUUGGACUCUUCGUUGUCUUAUAACAUGGUUAAAUUGAAACAACAGCUCUCCGGUAGUCCCGUUUUGCUGAGGAGAAAGCGAAGCAAGGAAAACGAAUACAGGGGCUCCAAGACCCUACCGCGAGGGCUCGGGUGUGGAGGGGGACUUUUGUCCACUUCCAUUUCCAGUUCGCAAAGCUCCGGUGAAAAUUGUGAUGUGUACGGUCUCUACGGGGAACUCAUGUACGUUAAAGACUACGAAAAUGAGAACAGUUCGGGCAUCGAUCCAGUGUACGAAACGUUGAGGCGGAGCGAUCCAGAGCUGGCAGCCAUUCCGAACAAAGUCAGCACGUUGGACCGGAGACUGAAAAUGAAAAUCACCAGGCCCAGGUCCUUGGAUCUCUCCAACUGGUCGGUGGACUCCCAUGCCAGUUCUCUGUACACUUCGUCGGGCUCCGAUGAGAAUCUCUCGCUGAAGGCUGACAAGCUCUCCAGAAACAGCAGCACGGCCAGCAGGAAUGGACCUUCCGAUUUGUCCACGACUGGCAACAGCAUCGCUGCUCCGAUUCAAGAAACGGGCACUGUAGACAAGCCUAUGGCAAAUGGAAAGAAACCUAGCAAGAGUGUGCAGCAAUUCGACCAACCGAAACGUACCGUUUUAACGUUAAUGGGCGGUCGAGGAUACGUCAAUUGGAGGCAACUCAAUGGACAGACUGUUAGCGAUAAAAAUCCAAAAUCUACCUAUACCUUCAAAGACCCUAACAGCAACGACGCAUACAUUGUUUUGUGGGAAAUGAAGUUAUGAUACCUGGUUGAGCCAGAAGGAUGCUACAUCUGCUUUAGUAUGGACAGAGUCAUGUUAAGCACCGCUUUCGCUGAAAACUGGUUAUCAGUCGAGAGGACCAAAAAUGCUGUUAAGUCCGUAGAUUUUAUACGUUUUCUUCUUUUUUAAGAUAAUCCCACUGCAAAACGAUUCGUGUCUUACUUUUAAAAUGUAUUUUGGAUUAAUCCAGAAAUCCUCUGGGUUUCUCUGCAACGCUCCAAAGAUCAAAACAUUCAGAGAAGUCUUUUGCUUAGGGUAAAAAUGCUAGAGGUGUAUCGCAGCUAAGGCACAUAAAUUUCCGUAGGAAUUGACCGGCACUUAUUACCAUUUUGUGAUAAGUCAAUUAAGUUGAAUGUAUCUAUGGAUGUACAUUACAUAGACGUUAGAUAAAUUCUACCACUAACUGGUGAAUCGUAUCGAAUAAGAUCAUCUCUUUAGGCCGGAAACUGCAGAUUCUUAGACUAUGAUUUUCGGAACUCGUCGAUUUGAAUGCCAUGCCAGCUUUAUACUUUGAAAGAAAUCUUUAAAAUAUAACAAAUUGUCGCAAAGUAGCAGCGACGGACUUUUAGAGGCAUUCGUGAACGGCAACGAUUUAAGGAAAGCUCUUCAUCGAGACGUCCAUAAUGAUCGGAUUCAUUUAUUACGAGAAUUGGCAGCAAGUCAAAAUACAUACAAUCUGCUGUUUUUCAAAAUGACAGGAAAUUAAUCUAUGCUUUAAGGAUAAUAACUACAGAAUAGGUAUAGAUUAUUUUGUGGAAAAUGAUAUCUGGAAAUCAGUUCAGAUCCGAAACUACUUGCUACACUGAAUCUACAGAACCUAAUAUAAUAGUGCCUACUAAAUGUACACGAUGAAAGACUGUCGUUAGUCGGAAUGCUUUUAACGUUAAAUAAGAAAUGUUGGAUAAAUCGAAUAAAACCGAUACCAUGAAUCGAGCGGCACGCAUAUCGUGUGGCGCUCGAUUCAUGGCAUCGGCUCUAUUCGAUUUAGUUUAACGUGACGAAACGACAAGUCUUAAUUCGCAGUUGGUGCUCACGCGUGUAAAUAUAUUUGUAUGAAGUAGGAGAAUCUCAAUUAGCGUCUUUAUACAUGCACAGUUCCGACUGGAUUCGAGCAGUUAAGAGAACGUUUGAAUCUCUUUUCAUGGAUCUUGUCUAGAAGUCGUUGGCCUCUAAUUAAAGGGGUACAUAAAAUUAACGCGUUUAAAUCUUAAUUCUUUUUUCUGGGUGCAUUAUGGAUAAACUAAACGAGGAUAAUAUUUCUACUUUUAGUAUAUCAUUACUGCUACUGUAAAAACUUUAAAAUUAAAAAAAAUGGACAGUCAUUAUUUUAUAUUUAUGUUAGGUCUUUGGAGAAACGGAUUAAUGUUCGACAUCAAUGAAUGAGUCUCAUCCUACAGAUACUAGUAUACAUGUCGCUUGUGUUUAAUGACAUUUAAUUCUAACAAAUAGUUUAGUCAAAAUUGUACUCCAUUAAAGCUCCGCGUUUCUUCGAACGGUCCGAUAUAAAUACAAAUUAAUGAUUAGGGUGAAAAUUCUUUUUUUUUUCUUUUUCAUAUACUACAAGUGAAAUUGUCUUACUUAGUUUUGUUUAUAAAUCAAGCUGGAAAAGUUAUUUAGAAUUGACAGCGUCAAGUCUGUGUACCCCCUUAAACGAGAAAUGUUGAACGGAAGUGAGCUUAUUAUGCCUUCGGAAUCGAUUAAAUGGUUAUCACUUGAAUGUUGACAUUCAAAAUGUUACUUACGAUUAGGAAUAUUAAAUGUGUGAUUACAUUGUUGACCCGGAUAAUUCGACAUUUGCGUGCAUUAGGUGUUUCCUUCGAAGUUCUUUUUUGAAUACCUCCACUAUUUUCUUUGUUUCUUUAUGGGGUAUUACAUUUAAGGUACCAAGUGAUAAAGAAUAGAAACACUCUGGAUAUACGUCAUAGAUUCGUUGCAAUAUUGCAAAAGAAAUGGUUUUUUCCUUUUUUCGGUAUCGAUAGCGUUCCAAAUUAAGUAGUUCUUAGAAAAUCUGUUUUACAAACGUUUGUCGAAAAUAUUUAAAUUCAUUUGAAUUGAGUCGCGAGAUGAUCGACAACAUGGUUGCUUAUUAUAAUGUGUAAGAAUUGUAAUUCUACCUAUAACUGUAAAGUCAAUCACAAAUAUUUUAGAAUUAUAACUCAAUGGCAUGCAGGACAGCCAAAUUUCAAAACUAAAAAGUGUGUUAACAUUAUUGUUUAUAUACGACAAAAAAAUGUGUUGAUUUUUCCAUUCAGGUAGCAUAGCACGAUUCUAAGAGUUUUUCUAUUUCUCAUAAUUUCAACACAUUAUUUAUUGCGCUUCUAAUUUCAAUAGAGAUUAUAUAUGAAAUUUCAGAAACUCCUACAUUUUUCCAAAAUCUUAUAAUGGCAACCGCUACUAGAAGAAAUUAGAAGUGUGAUGCUAUCAGUGCUUAUUUUUGGCAGUGAUAUCAUUUUUUUUAAAAUAAUUAAUGUAACAACCUAAAGAAACGUCGACCAACGUAGAUAUUGAUAUUCGAUAAUGUUUUGCUUUAAUUGUUCUGACAGUAACUUGAUCCGAUCCUUUUUCAUAAGGGCGUAUCAAUGUUUAUUUUAAAAAAGAAAAUGUUGAGAUGUACGCGAGGCAUAAUUAAUUUAGUAAUAAUAAUAAACUUUAGAUCAAGGCUCGUAUUUUCAGGAAUUGAUUGUAUCAAUUUUUUCGCGUGCUGGUUCUAUAGCACAUGGGAAGCACAAUUACAAAAAUGAUUUACCUUGUAACUCGUAUUCUGUACGGAGUUACAUGAACUCGUUUUUUGCAGAAGACUAGACAGGCUGAAUUUACAUAGUCACUGUCAAAAAACAGUUUCCAUUUGUGAUUGGCUUUUGUUAGGAUACUUUAAUGUGUACAUAUGUAUUAAGAGAGAGGAGGAGAGCAAGAGAGAUAAGAGUGUGCACAGUCAUAAGAAUUACUUUAUUUUGGAUAAGACAUUUAGGAUCAUCGAGUUAGGUCGUGAAUCGCUCAACCGUAGUUUUUCAUUUCUGAAGAAUGAUGCUCCAUAUAAUAGAUGUUUCAUAUGUAAAAGCAAUACAUUAUAUUGUAAUUCACUCGUAUUGUUUCAGUCUUGGUUUAAAUGCAACAUUUAGUACGGGCGUCCAAAUUCGUCGCAUUCCGGCAGAGUUGGGCAUUAUUCGAACCACAUUUUAUUAAACAAAUAAAAUUAUCUUCGUAUUCUUUCUAUUCGUUGAUCGUGGUAUUCGUUAUUCACGUUAUUCGUCAUUCAUUAUUUGUAUUAUUCAGUAUCCGACUUUCACCAUUAGUUCUUAAUUUCUAAAAGACACUGUGAAUCUUCUUCAAAUGAAAAUUCAAUAAUAUAUUUGAUGGUUUGUUCGGUAAGAAAUUACACACUUGAGAAUAAAAAGUUUAUUUUACUUUAUUCAAGUAAAUGACUCUCUUAUAAUAUUAUUCUUGAUUCGUCUUUUGAAUAAAUCCUGCCCAACUCUGCACUUCGAUGUCAAAGCUGUAUCACUGUGAACGGUGUCAUAAUUUACACAAGUGGCAAUAAAAUAACAUAUGUAGAAGUGGAUCUACGCGUUGUAUGGAUACAUAAAAAUUGUACAUAGGUAAAAGAUCUGAAAGUAAGCUUAACAUUUCUUAAAAGGUGGAUUAUAUUCAUCUAGGUACCCAUUAGAAAUUUGGAGCAUCAUUCCAGUCCUACAAAGAUCCAAAAUAUAGAGGUUUUGUAAAGUAUCAAUUAUGAUAGUAAAUCAGACUAUUUGUCAACCAAUAAAGAAAUUUGCUUGUUGCGUUA